UGAGCUGGUGGUGGGUGGUGUUUAUUUGUUUUGACGGAACCGCUGUUUUCGGCUCGGCUCGGCCACUCGUCUGUUGUCUAUCGUAAUUGUUCGCCAAGGUUUGCAAGGAUUUAGUAUAAAACCAUAUAGAAAUCCUUUCGUCCGUGGUAGUUUGCUUCCGGCCCCCGCGCGCGAGUGCAAUGCUAAAAUGCCAUCGUCACCUCUGUUGGCGUUGCGAUUGCUGAUAGUCUGCUGGAUUUCGGUGACCACGGUGGUUCUCGGGCAGGCCUGUUCGGAGAAACCUUGGGAGACUGUCCAUCGGCGGUUGGCAACCAAAACUCCGUACCGGCAUAUUUUCCGCGACGGGGGAUACAAUCCGAUUGGCCAGAUUGAUGGAUGUCAGGUACGGCGCACGUGGGGACUGUUCCGACACGGGACGCGAAACCCGUCGAAAAAGGUGAUCGAGCGGAUGAUCACGGAUCUGGUGGGCAUCCGGGACGACAUCUUGCAGCAUGGAAAGCUGUGCAAGAAGGAACUGGAAAUGUUCGAACGGUGGAAACCGAUGUUGAGGGUUGAAGAGGAAAAGAUGCUGGUGGCCGAAGGGGUAGAUGAGAUGCAGCAGCUGGGUAAGCGGUUCCGAACGCGAUACGGAAGGCACCUGCCGCAAGAUUAUCAAAAGGAGGAUUUCUAUUUUAAAUUCACAAAGACGGAACGUGCUGAAAACAGCGCGAGAAAUUUCAGUCUAGGAUUGUUUGGCAGAACGGUAGAUGUGGAUUACCCAACUGCGCUCUCGCGGGAUCCGGUGUUGAGAUUUUACAAACUUUGCCAACGAUGGAGGAGUGAGAUAAAGCACAACCCGGAGGCAAUUCGAGAGGUGGAAUUAUUCUACAAUAGCAAACCGAUGAAGGAAGCAAUCGGUAGAAUCUCUAAGAAGGUGGGAACGUUCCUGGACGCUGAUAGCAUCCACCUGAUGUACCAGACGUGUGCUUUCGAGACGGCGUGGAACAAGAAGCACACUUCACCGUGGUGCACUUUGUUCGAUAAGCUGUCUGUGAAAUUGUUGGAGUUUGGAGAGGAUUUGGAGUACUAUUGGAUCGAUGGAUAUGGGUACGAGUUGACGUACGAGCAGGCUUGCAGUGCUUUUGGGGAUUUGCUGAAGCGAUUUGAUGGGGAAUUGGAACCGCACACGUUCUAUUUCACCCAUUCGGGAACGCUGUUGAAGAGCAUGGCUUUCCUUGGUCUCCACCGCGAUGAGUAUCCGCUAACGCAUAAGGAUUUCGAGCGGAAACGACAGUGGAGGGUCAGUGAAAUCGAUGCGUUUGCAUCAAAUUUGGUGUUCACACAAUUUGAGUGUACCAACGGAACCCAUGUCAUGCUUAGCCACCAGGAGCGUGCGGUACACAUUCCCGGGUGUCCCCGAGGUCAAACGCUAUGCGAUUACGAAAGCUUUAGGCGUUUAUUUGCGGAACGAUUGAACAAUUGCGCGUUCGAUACGAUGUGCUCCAUAGAUGUGCCUAAAAGGGAUGAGUUGUGAGACUACUUGAACGGAAGCGAAAUGCUUUCAGCACCUUCAACGAACAACCGGGAUGGUCGCUAAAUCAAAAUAUUGGAAACAUGAAAUGUGACUGCUUAUUCUGCUAGGAAUAGAAAUCGGAAAUACACCCAACUGAGUUGCUUAUUUUCAGUGGCUUUUAAAA